AGAAGAAGAAGAAGAAGAAGAAAAAGAAGAAGAACUCUCGCAGCCUGACCACGAACAUCCGCAAGAAGGCAGAAACACGUGUUGUUUUCAUGGACUUGGUUUGGUUGCUCUAAGUCCGGACGAAGUGUGAUAUUUUUGUGUUAGAGUCCAGUGUAAAACCACACAGACAAAUAUGGGGAAGAAACUGAAAGUCGGAAAGACGAGAAAAGAUAAAUUUUACCACCUUGCUAAAGAAACAGGCUAUCGCUCUCGUUCCUCCUUCAAACUCAUCCAGCUCAACCGCAAAUUUCAGUUUCUGCAGAAAGCCAGAGCUCUGGUCGACCUGUGUGCUGCUCCGGGUGGAUGGUUACAAGUAGCGUCCAAGUUUAUGCCUGUUUCCAGUCUCAUUAUUGGUGUUGACCUGGUGCCCAUCAGGCCCAUCCCCAAUGUGGUGACACUGCAAGAAGACAUCACCACUGAGAAAUGCAGACAGGCUUUACGAAAGGAGCUGCAGACUUGGAAGGUCGAUGUGGUGUUAAAUGAUGGAGCCCCGAAUGUGGGAGCCAACUGGCAACAUGAUGCCUUCUCACAAGCUCAUCUGACCCUCAUGGCUCUGAAAUUGGCUUGUGAGUUUCUGACCAAAGGUGGCACUUUCGUCACAAAGGUCUUCCGCUCGAAAGACUACCAGCCACUGCUCUGGAUCUUCCAGCAGUUCUUCAAGAAGGUGCAGGCCACCAAGCCGCAGGCAUCUAGGAACGAGUCUGCUGAGAUCUUUGUCAUCUGUCAGGGCUUUGUUGCCCCGGAUAAAAUUGACAGUAAGUUCUUUGACCCCAAACAUGCGUUCAAAGAAGUGGAGGUGCAGGCCAAAACUGUGAGGGAGCUGAUUCCUGUAAAGAAGCCAAAGGCGGAGGGAUACACAGAUGGUGAUCUGACACUCUACCACAGUUUUACAGUGACCACCUUCCUCAAAGCCGACAACCCUGUGGACUUCCUGGGCAAAGCCAGUGCGAUCACCUUUGACAACCCAGACCUGGAGUCUCAUCCAGCCACCAGCAUUGAGAUAAAGGAGUGUUGUCGUGACAUCAAGGUCUUGGGCCGUAAAGAGCUCCGCCUGCUGCUGAACUGGAGGUCCAAGCUGAGGAGAUACCUGUCCAAGAAGCUGAAGGAGGAGGCCAAACAGCUUGACCAGGAGAUCAGCUUAAGUUCUGAUGAAGAUGAGAGUAAUUCAGAGAAACAGCCAUACAAGAAGAAGGAAGAGGAGGAAGGAGAGGAAAAUGAGGAGGAAGAAAUGGAGAGGAAACUGGCAGAGCUGAAAGCUGAAGAGGUUGCUGAGCUCAAACGGAAGAAGAGGAAGCUGCUGAAGGAGCGAAGGAAGCAGAGGGAGAGAGUGGAGCUGAAGAUGGACCUGCCUGGCGUCUCCAUCGCCGACACAAAUGACUCAUCCCUGUUCUCCCUCACCACCAUCAAGAAGCAAAAGGUGCUGUCUGAUAUAUCCAAAGGGGACAUGCAGGCAGCAGACGCUCUGGUAGAUGGAGAAGAUGACAUUCACCUGUCUGAGGAAGAGGAGGACGAGGCGGAUGAAAUGUCCCUGGCUUCUGAUUUAGAUGAAGACGACCUGGAAGAGGUGGAGCAGAGACAGAAAGCGCUUGAGAAGAAAGCACCAAAGAAGAAAGUACAAUUUGCUGAGGAGGAAGAGGAGGAGGAUGAAGGUCAGGAGAGUGGCCUGCUGGUGGAGCUGGAGGGAAAGGAUGAGAAGAAAGAACGAGAGUCCAAUCUGUGGUUCAGCAAGGGCAUCUUCUCUGAGAUCAACCUGGAAGGAGACGCAGAGAGCGAGCUCCAACAGACCGAGUGGCUCCAGAAAAAAAUGACAGGGAAAGGCAAAAAGAGGAAAGCUGAGGAAGAAGAGGAGGAAGCUGCUCAGCCAGAGGAGGAAAAGGCAGGACCUUCACAGGAAGCUAAGGAGGGGAGUGACAGCGACUCCGAUGACAGCAGCGAUGAUGAAAAAGAGAUUACCACGAUGAAGCAGGCCAGGGGGGCUGGAGGGAUGUCAGGAGAGGCCGAUGAUGAUGACUUCCAGGUUGUUCCUGUAGAAAGCACCAGUAAAAAAGCCAGGAUCCUGGAUGCAGAAGGCCUGGCCCUCGGCUGCCAGAUCGCUACAUCUAAGAAGAGAGCCAGGGACCUGGUGGACAGCUCCUUCCAUAGGUUUGCUAGCUCUGAGGAAUCCUGGGAGGUACCUGAGUGGUUCCUCGAUGAUGAACGUAAACACCGGAAGAAGCCAGUGCCAGUCACCAAAGAGAUGGUGGAGGAGUACAAACAAAAAUGGAAGGAGAUCGACGCCCGACCAAUCAAACGAGUUGCUGAGGCCAAGGCCAGGAAGAAGAGGAGGAUGCUGAAAAAGAUGGAGCAGGCUAAGAAGAAAGCAGAGGCAGUUGUCAACACAGUGGACAUCUCUGAGAGGGAAAAGAUGGCUCAGCUGAAGAGUAUCUACAAGAAAGCAGCCCUGGGGAAGGAGAAGAGAGAAGUAACGUAUGUUGUGACCAAAAAGGGAGCCGGCAGGAAGGUGAGGCGGCCGCCCGGCGUCAAGGGAGUCUUCAAAGUGGUGGACAGUCGCAUGAAGAAAGACAUGCGGGGAAUGCAGAGGAAAGAACAACAUGCUAAAGGGGGCAAAGGAAAAGGUGGCAAAGGCAAAGGAAGACCAUCAAACGGUGGCAAAGUGAAGAGUGGUAAAGGACGAAAAGGGAAGUAAAUUUGAAUCCAAAUGGUUCUCGUAGUCCUACUGCUCUAUCUAACUAUUAAACAUUGCCCGGGCUCAUUUGGGCUCCUGUAUCAUGGACAGAGGCCAAAAUGAACUUUGGUCAUUGACUUUAACGCCCUCUUUUUAGCCUUUGCUGAGGUUCCUUAAACCCCUGGACAAUUCAGCUAUGAUCUGGGGGUAUUACAGUGCUGGUGUUCUGUUUACGUCUUUUUGAAGAUGUAAGUUAUUUUCCUGGAGCCCCUCGAAUUGAGUGGUUUCUCAGAAGAGCCGAACUGUAAAUCAAGUUUAACACACAAACAAUAAAUAAAUGUUCAUGGAAUUUUGUAAAUAUUAAAAACACAUCUUUGCGAUAUAAGCUUUG